AUGUCUGACGAAAUAAUUUGGCAAGUCAUCAAUCAGCAGUUUUGCUCCUACAAGAUGAAAACUGACUACCAGAAUUUCUGCAGAAAUGAAUAUAAUGUCACCGGUCUAUGUUCUAGACAAUCCUGUCCUUUGGCUAACGCGAAAUAUGCUACCAUUAAGAACAUCGAUGGUAAAUUGUACCUCUACAUGAAAACUGCUGAAAGAGCUCAUACCCCAUCAAAACUAUGGGAGAGAAUCAAGUUAUCUAAAAACUAUGAAAAGGCAUUGCAGCAAGUUGAUGAACAUUUGUUGUAUUGGAACAAAUUUUUGAUUCACAAGUGCAAACAGCGUUUGACCAAGUUUACCCAAAUAGCAAUCACCGAAAGAAGAAUGGCUCUUAAGGAAGAAGAAAGAAGCUAUGUGGGAGUGGCACCAAAGGUGAAAAGAAGAGAAGUCAACAGAGAAAGAAAGGCUCUUAGCGCUGCCAAGAUUGAAAAGACUAUUGAAAAGGAAUUGCUCACAAGAUUAAAGACAGGUGCUUAUGGCGAAAAACCAUUGAAUGUGGAUGAAAAAAUAUGGAAGAAAGUCUUGGGCGAUAUGCAAGAAGAAAAUGAAUUGGAAGAUGAAGAAGACUAUGAUGAAGAGGAAGAAGAAGAAGAGGAAGAAGGUGUCGGUGAAAUUGAGUAUGUUGAAGAAGAUGAUGAAGAAGAUAUGGUGGAUGUUGAAGAUUUAGAAAAAUGGUUAGAAGGUGACAAUUCUGGUGAUGAAGAAGGUCUUGUUAAUGAUGAUAGUGAGGAAGAAAGUAGCGAUGAUGACCAAGAUGACGAUGAAAACAUGAAGGCCAUUGACAAGCACUCCAAGGAUGACUUCAAUGAUGAAAGCAAGAAGAGAGGUAAGAAUGAAGGUGGUAGUGGUAAGAAGAAAAGAAGAAGAAGACCUAAUGUUGAAAUUGAAAUCGAACAUGAAAAUGCUGGCAAUCUUCUUGCGCAGUAG